CUCUCAUGGGAGUAACCUCCCUAAGACUUGCCCCAAAAUUUUCCAUCUAACAAAAGUGAUCCAUAAUUUGAGUACCGCCCAGCUGCUUUCCUGUCCUUCCAUUACUGAGGUAAUUCAUGAAAUCAAGUAUCAGAUAAUUUUUCGUGUCCAAAUUAGGCAUUCUCUGUCAGGGUCCAUAAUUUGUCAUAUCGCAAGCCUGGUGAGUCGUGAAAGAUAAUGGAGGAAUAUCAAAUGAAAUGUUUUGUCUAGGAAAAACUUGCAAAUGGACAAAAGCCAUGUGAAGAGACUGGAAGAAAUCACGGCUUGUAAUGAAUAAUUUACUGGUCUUAUUGUUCAUUUUACUGGUGGAAUGGCCUUUACCAAGAUCAGCGCUUUCACAAGCUCCUAAUGGAUCAUACGGAAGUAGAACAUACUACCAAAGCCCAAGGGACAGAGAACUACCGGAGACAAAACCACAUAAGUUAUAUGCACAUGCACCAAGAACUGAUACGAGAAACAAUGACUGGAGUGAUGAGUAUUCCCCAAGAUUUCAAUACAACGCAAAUAGAAGGAAUGCCAACCUUGUAAGUCUUACAAGAGGAGCUGAUUCUCAAACGGACAAAAAAAUUAAAGGGGAUAAGGAGCCAUCGAACAAUGUUCGUCGGGCACAAAGAAACACAUCAAAAAAACUGACAAGAUUUUCGUUGACGACGAAAGGCCUACUAAACACGAAAGGUGUGGAAGGCUCUCUCAGAGACAGGUCUCCGGUCAAAAAAGCAACACUUGCAAAUCCACGAUGGACAAGGAGUCGGGGAGAACGCAAAAAGAAGAAACAAUUUAUUGUAGCAAACUGGGGGGGGUUAGGUUUAGGAAAUGGGUUAGGAGUAGGCCUAACAGGCCCAACGACGGACAGUUAUGACUCCAGUCUUAAUACGGGACUUGGGACAACUGCGUAUGGAACAGGUCUUGGUACCAGUUAUUCCAACGACUAUGGUGCCAGCCUCGGGACGUUGCUACCUACUGGUUACGGGACGGGUGGCGCAAACGUUUUGGGUUCAAAUGCAGUGCUAGACGCCAGACAUAACUUUGGUUCAAACUAUGGCGGCGCUACAACAAGCAAUGGGCAAAGUCAAACAGCGUUAAGUGAUCUGUCAUCAGCAGCUCUAAACUCGUUAUCCGCACCACAAGCUGGUGGAGUCAACUCCUUUGUGUCAAACUUAGGGGAAACAGGAGGGGUAUCAGAAUUGAACUCAAUUAACUCGCUCAGUUCCUACCAAAAUAACGGGUUGGACAUGCUGGGAAAUACAGGAAACACAGCCUCAACUGGUUUGAAUGAUUUUAACUCACUCUCAGGGGGAAUCUCACAAAGCCAACAGCUUGGAGACGGAAGUGAAAAUUUAUUGAACUCUCUGGAAGAGAAGCUUAACAUGGGUGCUGGGGGAAGGCAGGGAAUAGGUGCAAUGGAUCUUGGGAUGGACGAGCUUGGUGGCAAUGGCAUGUCUGAUAGUUCCUUGCAGCAGCUCCUGGGACAAAUCAUGGCCGGUGGGGGAGGAGGUGGGGGUGGAGGUGAAGGAGGUGGUGGUGGCGGUGGUGGCGGCGGCGGAGGAAGAAUGGCUGGCGGUGGCGGACGCAUGAGUAGCAACAACGACAACAUGGGAGGGGAAAUGGGAAACCUUGAUCUUGGAUCACUGGGGCUUAACCUUGGGAUGGGGAACGGGAUGGGAAGUAAAAUGGGAGGAAAUGGGAUGGGAAAUGGAAUGGAAAACGGGAUGGAAGGACUGGGAGGCAUUGGAAACAUGGAGAAUAGUAUGGGCAAUGAUAUGGGUAAUAUAGGAAAUGGGAUGGGAAUGGGAAUGGGAAUGGGUGCAAUGGGACACAGGUUGAAAGUAGGAGGAAUGGGGCAUGCUGCAGGGUCUAUGGGUGGCCAGGAUGACACUAAUUCUGAGUUAGAGGAUUCACAGCCUUCUGAUGCACCCGAUGAGCAGAGUUUACCUAAUUACAUGCAGCGUCCUUUGGCCAUCGCACCUAUCGUCCCUGGACAAACUGUGCAUGCACAUGCCAGUGAUAAGCCUAAACGACCGAGCUAUUCAACAGCAUUGUAUUCGCCCGCAGAAAUGGCUUUGAAGGUUCAAUUAAAGGCCAAUAGGGAACAUCAAAAGAAACUUAAGGAUUUGAAAGUGAAAUUACGAAGACUGCGAGCAAAGUUACGGAAACUCAAGGCUGAGUAUAAGUAUUCUGAGGACGAAGAGGAAUCUGAAAAGUCGGAGAUGUCCACACUUCAGGAUUUAAAGAGGGCAACCGAACAGGCCAUCAGGGAACUACAGGUUGAAGCUAUGAAAGCGAGCAAAAGAAAAGGUGUAAAAAAGCUAAUUUUCAUUCACAAAUUCCCCGAAUCGGAUGGAAACAAAUCCAGCAAGUCAAACACCCUUGAGGACCUGGGUACCGACUUACUUGCACUUAUCGAGUCAAAUAAACCCUCUCCUGCACCUAGUUCCAGGCCUCUGCUCCCAAAACCGGCUGCACCGUCCACUCAGGCCGCUCAAAAGAAGGAGCCUGUGGAAGAUGACACACCAUCACUCACAGCACUUGAAAAACAGGCGGAAAUGGAAGUAAAUUUUCUUUCAAAGAAAAAAGAGAAAGGUAAACCAAAAGCGUCAAAUCCAGGAUUGAAAAUAAAAAUUCCAGAAGCAGCUGAUAUCACACCUAACCAAACUACAGCACCACAGUUCAACUUGCCAAUAAAACCACAACUUAUAAAAACAGCGGGAGGUCAGCGGUUGCUUAAUCCUCUUCAGCUCAACAACCUUGCCCAAAUACUACCAGAGCCUAUUGAUAAUACAAGAGCAAGAAAAUUUGAGCCAUCCCGGCCACACAGUGUACUAAACAAGGAAAUACAUGCUCCAGAACCUUCCUCAUCCCGGCGAGGUGGAAUAGCUCAUCUACAAAAAGUAACACGUUUAUUGAGAAGAAAACACUGAGCAAUAAUAAAAAACCUGCCAGAGUAAAACAUCUGCCAGGGAUUGAUAACCGAAACAACAAAUUUGAUUUUAAGACCCUUUAGAGGACCCUUUUAGAAAUACAAAUGCACCAUUGGGUGUAUAUUGACAUGAGAGUUGUCAUUCUCAAGUCAACACAAAGACUUAAUUAUGGUAAAAUUUCAUAAUGUGAUGGUGUUUAUGAAUGCCAAAUUCAUAAAUUUACUUCCUCUAGUGAAGCAGCUAUAUUGAAUUCAGUUGAUAUCAACACAAACGCUUCAAAACUGGAAACGAUUGGUGAAAGUAUUCUCUGGGAUCAUGGAUAUAAAAAUCUCUACAUUUUUUGUAACAAAAAUAUGAUUAAGUUUAUUCCCUCUGAAAGGCAUCAUUAAAAAAAAAAUGAACGCAAA